CCGUACUGGAAGGGUGGCCAACGCGUGUGUUCCUCAAUCUAACCUCUCUAACCUAAAAAAAAAAAAUUGGCAAAAUAACAGUGAGAAGAAAAAGACAAAUAAAAUCGGAAAAAUCCCGGGAAAAAGAAUCGGUAAAACCCCCAAAAUAAAUAAACCACCACGAGUGCCCCCAUUCGCUCCAACCCCCCAUUUUUCCCCCAUAAUUCUCCCUCCCCUCCAUUACCAACCCCCCACCCCAAAAAUCGACGAAUCGAGUCUGCUCCCCUAGAGCUAGUGCAAAUCUCGGCGGAUGCAUGUUUUCUUAAGGGAUUCUUACCGACGACGAACCACUAAAAUUCGACGCGUACCAUUUUACAACAAUUUUCACCGCAGUGUUACACAUUGUUAAUCACCGAGUGCCACAAAUUUGGGAUUAAGAGUGACCAGGAAUAUCGAGGAGUGUGAUUGAGUUCUGGAGUUUUUUGUUUAUUGAUGGAUUACCUUGAGGAUCCUGACUCGGCUGAAAGUACCAUGGAGACAGGUAGCAAUUUGCCAGCACCGGGCAAUUACCCGGGUGGCAAUCGUCAGCAAUUCUGCGUAUCCUGGAAUUCUCACCAGUCGAAUAUGCACAGUGCAUUUCCAAAGUUACUCAGUUCAGAGCAAUUCGUCGAUGUGACACUUGCCUGCGAUGGUGGCUCGAUAAAGUGCCACAAGGUCGUACUCUCGGCCUGCAGUGAUUACCUGGAGAGACUUCUCCUGGAAAUACCCUGCACCCAUCCAAUUAUAUUCCUCAGGGAUAUGCGUAUGUGGGAAUUGCAGGCUCUCGUCGAAUUCAUGUACCGGGGUGAGGUCUACGUUGAGGAGCAGCAGCUCACUAGGCUCAUGCAAGCUGCUGAAGCCCUUCAGGUUCGUGGCUUGUCAUCACAAGGACGAGAGGCUGCCCAAGGAGAGAGUCCAACAGCCCAGAGCUCCUCCAGCACCCCAUCAACCCCAUCAUCCCCCUCAAAGCAGACUCAGCCAAACUACAACAAAAAUGACGAUAACCCGGCCAUAAACUCCACCGAUUCCUUCCUCGACACUCCCGCCACUGUAACACCAGCCACGAUAAACAACGCAUCAGCAACAGGCAAUCAGAACAACUCGUCAACCCCAAACAGCUCGACAUUCAUGAAUAUUGAGCACACCGAGGCACUACAGCACCUCGAAAAGGCGUUGAGCUCAUGCGAGGCAACACUCACGGAAACACCUGGAAUGGUCAAGAUGGAACCCGAUGAACAAUUCACGCAGCAGGACAAGCCUUAUUCGAUUAGUAUGGUACCAACGAGCAAUUCGAAUUGCAGCACUCCGAGCAGCCCCUUUCCAGCUAUCGAAGGAUAUCAAAGACGACAGCGUCGCUCGGAGGCCGAACUAAAGCAGGCAUCUGAUAUGGUGGCUCGUGGAAUGACGUUUCAAGUUGCUUCCGAAAAAUACAACAUUCCGAUCAGUACCAUACGCUUCUACAUGGUCAGAAAGGGUAUCUUACAGAGGCGAAAACGUGGUCGUGGCUCGAGUAACGUAGGUGCGUCCAACAGUCAGCCGGGUAGUCCAGCGAGUCCACCGUUUCACAUGAUGAAUUAUCGUUUGCCAGAGAGCCUGAACUCGAGUCUACAGUAGUCAACUUUCCCCCCAAAUAUUACCAGCUGAUGAAAAAAAAAUCCAUAGACAAGCUCAACCAGAGUUUGUCACCCCCAAUAACAAAAAGUAAAAGAAAAAAUACAAAGAGGAAAACGAAGGGAAAAAAAUCGCUGAACGAGAAAUUAAUUAAGCCAUUAAUCACCUAACUUAAUGAUUAAUUAACAAGACCGGAAAACUUUGAACUUAAUGCUCGAAUUGUUCAUUACUCGACUCGAGUCCAGGUUUAUCACCAAAAAUCUCAAAGGCUUACGAUAAAAAACAAAACGUCAGACAACGUCUGAAACACUUCCAUCCCGAAAAUUUAAACAGGAAAACAAUUGAUAUAAAAUUAAUAAUAAUUAGCAACGUAAUACGAAAUAUUGUAUAGAAAGAAAACACUUGUUUGAACGCAUAAUCCGGUUUAAUCGACGCGGUGUGUGUGUGUAACGGAUUUUUUUCAUUUUCAUUACUAUUAUUAAUUUUAGAGGGUCCGUGUGCGAUUGUUACUAUGAUUUUUUUUUCACAUUUUUCUUCAUUUAAGUUAACAAACGCGUUUACUGAGAUUAUUUUGUAGUCGAGUGGGACUGGGACUUGGGAAUAAUCUCGGACCAAGCAUGAUUAUUCUGAUGGGACCACAGAGUGCUCCCCAAAUUGACUCCACUGUCGAUGAUUCUUUAAUUAUUUAUUUAAUUAAAAAAGGGGCGCUCAUCGAUGGUUUCACAAAGUGAUUAGCAUUAGUUCUUCCGACUUCUUACCUCUCAUUUGGAGUACUAGUAGAGUUACUCAUAAUUGUUUACGCCCAUUACUUGAGUAAUUAGUAGUCUAUGCGAUUCGUUUGAAUUCAGGGUAAAUGAUGAAAUGAGAUUAUUAUCAUUUCAUUGUUGCAUCACUGACACGACAAUUACUGGGCCCUCGUUAUUAAAAGGUGAACAAUUUCGGAAAGUCAAAGAAUAUAUUAGAGUUCACACACUUGAGUACAUCGCGAAUACUCGGAAAAUAAUCAUGACCUAGAGUAAAAUGCUUUUACAUGUUUAGUGUACAAAUUGGAUGAGAAGGAAAGCCAAUAGAAGUAGUUAUGAACGAAAUGAUAAUGGAGUGAGAAGACAAUUCGUGCGGUGUCACACUUUGUUACAUAGAAUUUCAGAGGCCAUAUUUUUUCAUGCAAUGCAAUAAUCGAGAACAAAAUAGUUAUUUAAAUUAAAAAAGUUAUGGAAAAUUAAGGAAAUUAACAGACAGCACGAAUACCUCUAGAUGUUUUUGUUUUUCUUUCGAAUGUCAUUACGAUUAUUCGUACAUAAAAUACCAAUCAACCGAUGAUCAUUAAUGAUUUGAGGAUUUCACAAACUGAUCUAUAGAUCUUUUACCAGUAUUUUCAAUUAAUGAAACGAAUGAUAAAAACCAAUGCAGAAUAAUUUUCUACGGAUUUAUCUCGAUGGCCUUUACUCAGUCUAGUAUUUUUAUCAUUAACUUUUUUUUUAGCGAACUACUUCUUCAGGCGGCGAGAGAUAAAUUACUUUUUUGGGGAGUGAGGAGUUUGGGGUCUCGUCGUCAUUCAACCAUUUUUUUCAACCCAUUUACCUCUUUAUUCUCUCGAUUUUUGGGUAGUUUAGACGAGUGAGGCAGAUCGUAUUUAAUUUUCUUGAAACUCGUCGGAUGAUCUUUCGAUGACUGAUACUCAUCGUCGUAUUUUGUAGAUAGAAUUUUCACGCUGGAGAUGUGGUUUUGCGGUAUUGGAGAAUAUUAUUCUGGAAUGAAGGGGUAGAAUUUCAUUGGAAAAUUUGAAGAGAGAGAAUGAGAGUUGUGUAAAUUCGAUAUUUCUUGGUGAAAUGUUAACUUUACGAGAUGACGAGGUGAAUGGACGAUUUCUCAUGGUAUUUUGCUGCUUCAUUCGUUAACCAGUGAAUUUGAAGUUGAAUUUGUAAAAUAUAAUUUGGGGGUUUUGUGGUUGAUUGGAGUGCAUUUUUUUUUAUUAAUCAGAAUUCUAGAAUGAUUUCACUUAUUUCACUCGAGCACAAAAUUAAUUUCCCCCCGAAAUAAAAUCCACAGGCUCUCCAGCGUCUUAAAAAAACAACCCAUACAUUGUGGUUUAUUUAUAUGACUCAACGAAAAUGAUUUAAAUUACUCUUACUCGUGGAAUUCCCGUCGUUUCGUCGGAAUCGUCUGAAUAUGUACUGUUUUCUCCAAUUUUUUUUUUACACAUAUACUUUUUUUUUUAUUUGUAUUAUUUCUUACGAGGCUUUUUGUUCCCUCGAAUGAAGAGGGGACACUCUUCACACUAAACAAAGAACAAGAACUAUAUAAUAUCGAACGAUGAAAGUUGCACAUGUUAAAUCCUCACACAUAAAGGAGAACACUCGCGAAAUCUAUUAAAAUGGUUUCCACAUCUUUCCCAAAAUACUAGACUUUUUUUUUUCGUUGAAGAGAAAAGAUAACUCAAUUGAUCGAUUACUCAAUUACUGUGUCAGUGAAUUUUAUAGAGAGUUGAAAAAAAUAGUUAUUAAAUACAGAUGGUUUCUGUAGUGAAAGUCUUCGAAAAGCCUGACAGUUGAAUUUUUUCUAAAAUGUACAGUUACAUAAAUGAGAAAAAAUUGAUGAAUAUUCAGUCUAAUAGAGAUAAGUGAAUUUCGUACGGUAUAUUUUGGGAAUAUCUCGGUAAUUGUCCACUCUGGGAUGAAAUAUCUGGAGAUAUUUUCAAAAUAAUCUGUUCAAUUAAGAUCACAUAAUCCAAAAAGAAAAUGUCUUUAAUUCGCGAGAUAAUAAUCUUCAUUAAUCUUCCAGUUUAAUUGUCGUAUUAAUCAGACAAUUGAUGAACACGAAAUCGUUAAUCUCGCGACAACCCAAGUAUUUUCGUUCGAUUAAUAAUAAUUGGAGGACAGACGUUAACAAACGAAAUUAAUGAAAUUCAAAUAAACAUUUAAUUGAGGAACAUAAAUCGUGUUUUAAGGAUAUAUUACUUUUAAUUUUAAGAUGAUGUAAGAUGUGUUAGUGAAGCAUGCUUCUAAUUAGUGAAUAGGACAGCGCUAUAAACAAUAAUUACCAUAAAGAUGAAGAAAAAAACCAACAAAAGACAAAAAAAUUAUGAUUCAUAAGGCAUUUGAAUAAGUGCAGAGUAUUUCUUAAUAAAAAUUAAUUCUAAAAUCGACCAAAA